GGGGGGAGAGAAGUAUUGCAUUUUAUGGGAUAUGGGAGGAGGGAGGAAAAACAUGUUGCAGAUCUUUAUGUGGUUUUUAAAACCAGCCAUCAGAGGCAAUUAUUGAAUAAGCUGAAGCACAAGAGGAGGUUUUGUGAGCUGGAAGCAGUGCUAGCCUGCAGAAGAAAGGGGCGGUGGGCUGCUGUUGUGACUGUGGAGGAAGAAACUUCAGCCUCCUUCGUUUCUCACCACCUACUCUCCAUCCACCCUACGCAAAAAUGAGUUGCGUGCCAUGGAAAGGUGACAAGACCAAAUCGGAAUCACCAGAUCCACCCCAGCUACCGCCACUGCAUAUUUACCAUGAGAAGCAGCGUAGAGAGCUGUGUGCCCUCCAUGCCCUCAACAAUGUCUUCCAGGACAGCAAUGCCUUCACUAGAGAAACCCUGCAGGAGAUUUUUCAGAGGCUGUCUCCCAACACGAUGGUGACACCCCACAAGAAGAGCAUGCUGGGAAACGGAAACUAUGAUGUGAAUGUGAUCAUGGCAGCACUUCAGACCAAAGGCUAUGAGGCAGUUUGGUGGGAUAAGCGCAGGGAUGUUAAUGUUAUUGCUCUGUCUAAUGUGAUGGGCUUCAUCAUGAAUCUGCCCUCCAGCCUUUGCUGGGGCCCCCUGAAGCUCCCCCUCAAGCGACAGCACUGGAUCUGUGUCCGGGAGGUGGGAGGCACCUACUACAACCUAGACUCCAAACUCAAGGUGCCCGAGUGGAUUGGAGGUGAAAGUGAGCUCAGGAAAUUUUUGAAACACCAGCUGAGAGGAAAGAACUGUGAACUCCUGCUGGUGGUGCCAGAGGAGGUGGAAGCACAUCAGAGCUGGAGAGCUGACGUGUGACCUGGCCUGACUCUCUCCUCCCACUACAGCUCUUCCCCUUACUGAACUUCUGACAUCCUGAAACUUGGAUAAUGGGUGCCCUGACUCUUCCCAUCUGGAAUUUCCUUUCUUAGGCUCUUCUCUUCCUUCCUUGGUGCAAUAGGGCAACAGUGUAGGACACUGGGGGUGGUGGGUGGGGAAGAAUUGAGGGCAGAGUGGAGGCAACUGGAAGCCAAUCAACUGCAAAGGCAGAUGAGCUGCGUGCCCUUUGGCUAGCUAGAAGGCAUUGCACUCUUUAAAACCGGGCCUUGGGGCUAGGGUGUCUGGAAGCCUCUGGCCUCCCUUUCCCCACAUGCGUGGUUCAAGGCUGUGUGUGGUGGAACACUGCUCCUUCCAGGGCUUGCGGGGGAGGAGCAGGGGUCGAGCACACUGUUGCCUCUUCACAAGUCUCUCCUUCCAAAAUAGGUAAUCAUGGUGUUUGCAAUUCCCUAAGGGUCUCUCAGGACACUCCCAAACACUAGGAAUGGUACAGUGCUCAGCAUGACCCUCUGCUUCUUAGUGACAGUUUGUGCCAGUAAGUUGAAAACAGUAACAAAAAGUGUCAUCUUUCAAGAGGUUCUCUGGGUAGCUAGAGAAUUCUUCCCCAUUGUCUCUAGGGAUUUAUGUAUGUGGUGAGCGGUUUUUCGGCAGCAUGUGGCUGGCUAAGGUGAUGUGGAAACAGCAAGCACAGGCUAAUUACGGAGUAUUGGGUUUCUGGACUGGAGAGAGGCUGUAGUCUGCUUGGGUUUCUUUGUACUGUGCUGUAGGGUUUUUUUUCUUUUUUAACAUCUGUUUUGGUUUUCUGUAUGGUCAUCCAGUAGUUUAGGGGCUGCUUAGAGAGGAAUAAAACUGAAGGGGUUAUGAGAGGAAUUCAUUCAUUUUUUUAUUUUCCUCUUUCCAGAAGUCUAGCGCACAGUUGCAAAUGCCACGCAAGAUGUUCCAGAAAGAGGUAAAGUUACAAAGAAAAAAUUGGCUGAGGAGAGCAGCCUUUAUAGUAGUCAGGUUUUGUUUGCCCUUUUUAUAGUUACUAGCUGAUAAUGUGGAAGAUUUGGGUGUUAAGAGAGACCCUGGCCUCAUAGUUGAACCAACCUCUUAGUGCUGGCCAACAAACAUUCCAUUAAUGGACAAAUGGCUUUUUUCCUCCCCUCUGUGGGGAAGAGUGACUACACAUGGAGAUGCCGAGAGGAAUCUCUGCCAGCUGUUGCCCGGCCACCUGGGUGAGCUGUAGCUCAGCAUGCCUUCCACAGCAGGGGGAGGCAACACUGAAUUUGGAAGACUUUGUUGUGUUUAGCACUUCCUGGCCGAGCUGCUGUUUGCUUCCUUCCUUUACAUGUGGGAUGUCUCACUUAAACAGCAAUCUCUGGGACGUGUUGGAGCUUGAAGGAUCCUGCUCCAUUGUGCAGGAAUGUCUCAUUGCUGGUGUUUGAGCUUGUGAAAGGAGGAGUUCUAACUACCUUUUCUCAGUUAUUUUUCUUGAGAGCUCUGCAAAUGCACAAGCGGGUGCUUGAAGCUGAGACACCAUCGAAAUCGCACCUUCCUAACAGAGGCCACACGACAAUGGGAUGAUGCUGUUCACCGACCCCCGGACAUCUGGCAAGCACCAUUUUGCAGCCUUUUGUGCACAGCCUCCCACAGUCAAGGGCAAAUGGGUCUUCUGUUUUAAAGACCCAACGUUUCUAUAAAAAGUCCUAUUUCGUAACACAUUCCAAUGACCAAUACCAGCUGGCAGAGUUUUUAAACACUUUACAGGCAGGAUGCGCAGCCUGCAGGCAUUCUGCUCGUGACUUGAAGCCAUUUCUUCAAGAGGGGGAAAAAAUAAAUCUCAACAGCAACAUUUUCUAUGCUGAUUUAAAGUCACACUUUUGAAGAAAACCCCGUCUGCAUGGAAACUGCAAGCCAACGGAUCAGUGCACAAUAUGCAAAGAUGUUUUAAAAUAUUCUGGGGCUACUUUCCUCUCCUUGUAUGUCACCUUUCCUGUGGGGGGAAAACAGUGUGAUCCAGCUGCUCAGGUAAAGGGAAAGUGUAUGAUCACACCCCUGUGGGAGGUGAGGCUGCUGUGCCUGAGGGGGUGGGCAAGGUGGUCCAGGCCCACUGCUUGGGAGUGGAGAAGCCCAUGUUUUGUUUUCUUGCUUGUUUGGUUUUGUUAGAUCCUUGUCUUGGGUUUGUUUACAGAGAUGUAUUUUUGUUUAACCAAAUAUUAAAAAUGGAAAAAAAACACAUUUCCAUAUAAAUGUCCUAUCACUUCUGUAUGUUCAACUGAAUUGUUCUGUAACAAAGUAUGUAAAGGAAAAAUAAAUUUUUUUUUCUUUGGUUAUAAAACUGCACCCUUUCUGGGAGUUAAGAACCUUGAAAGUUGGUCCCUGGUGCUGAAGUAGAAUCACCUCUCUGAGAACUCCCUUAAGCCACACAAAGCUUUCUCAGCCCUCUGAAGGUGACAAAGCAUUGUCAGCCCCUUCCCCCACAGCAAUGGAAUAGUCUCUGCACACAAAGCCACCAACAGCUCUGAAAGAACGGAGCCUCCCUAAAGGAUGUCUGUUAAAAUGACACUGCUCAGGCUGGAUUUAUUUAAUAUUCAAUACAAAAAAAUAUGCAGCUGAUAUCUGAAGCUCUACAUUAUUAGGCAGAGGAUCAGCACGGAUGUGAUCAUCUUGACCCUGGCCUGCUGCUCCCUCAGUUCUCACACACACACACCACACACACACACAGAGAGUUGCAGUGAAAGUAUUUUUGCAGAUGCCUCUUCCUAGAGAGUGUUUUUUGUGGGGUGCAGCUCCCUGCAGCCCUCC